UGCGUCAGUGCUGGGGCUUGGGAGGGCCCGCGGCCGAGACUGGGGGGCAGUGGGGCCCCGGGUGCAGGGAAACGCUCGGCGACGAAGGAGCCGGGCGGGAGAUGUCCGCCGAACUGGGCACAGCGUCGGCUGCACAGGCGUCGUCCCCUGAGCGCAGUACUAAAUCCCUAUCGAAGGAGGAGACCAUCAAAAGGAAGUUUUCUGAAGCAGAGAGAGCAAACACGCUGACACUGGGGAUGGCGACAGCACCGCUCGGUGCCCGUUCCCCAGCUCCUCUGAAUCUGAAGAAGGAGGUGCUUCGGACCAUGAAGGGGGAUCCCCACUCUACUGGGGAACAGGCAGUCCGGCUGCCGGGAGACGGCACAGGCCUGGGGCAGGAACCGUUGUGCAAACAGUUCAGGCAGUUGCGCUAUGAGGAGACCACAGGGCCCCGGGAGGCACUGCGCCGACUCCGUGAGCUGUGCCGCCAGUGGCUGCGGCCCGAGACGCACAGCAAGGAGCAGAUCCUGGAGCUGCUGGUGCUGGAGCAGUUCCUGACCAUCCUGCCCGCCGAGCUCCAGGCUCGGGUGCGGGAGCACCAUCCGGAGAGCGGGGACGAGGUGGUGGUUGUUCUGGAGGAUUUGCAGCCAGAGCUUGGAGACGCAGGAAAGCAGGCGGACCCAGGCCAGGCUGAAGAGCAGAUGAUGCUGGCGGGGGCGGCAGCCCCGGUGGAAGCAGUGCGGGGGCAGCGCACCCAGCCGGAGCGUGAAGUUCUGGAGCCUGAAGGAGACCAGGGUGAGAAGACCAGGGUUGAGAACGGGAAGGUAUUUGCAGAGACAGACUCUUGUGGAGGAGUGGAAUCAGCCAGGAAAGUAUCUGAACUCGUAGAGCCUCGUUCUGAGGAAUCUCACUUGGAAAGGCAGCGGGUCGAGCCCAAGGAGAAGCCCGAGUAUAAAUGCUCAGAAUGUGGGGAGGGCUUCACCCACCACUCAGACCUGGUCACACACGAAGGCGCGCACACGCGAGGGAAGCUCUGUGAGUCUGCGGCGUGUCACAGUACUGGUCUUACUGGAUGUCAGAAAACCCGCCCUCGAGAGAAAGGUCAUCAGUGUCAGGAGUGUGGGAAAGCCUUUCAGAGGAGUUCACACCUUGUCAGACACCAGAAAAUCCAUCUUGGCGAGAAGCCUUACCAGUGCAAAGAGUGCGGGAAGGUCUUUAGCCAGAACACAGGCCUCUUGGAACACCUCCGGAUCCACACUGGAGAGAAGCCUUACCUGUGCAUCCACUGUGGGAAGACCUUCCGACGCAGCUCCCACCUCAACCGGCACCAGAGAAUCCACAGUCAGGAGGAGCCCUGUGAGUGCCAGCAGUGUGGGAAAACCUUCAGCCAGGCCCUUCUCCUCACCCACCACCAGAGGACCCACAGCCACUCCGGAAGCCAUCGCUGUAAUGAGUGUGGGAAAGCCUUCAGUCUGACUUCAGACCUCAUUCGACACCAUAGGAUUCACACCGGAGAGAAGCCGUUCAAGUGUGACAUUUGCCAGAAAGCCUUCCGCCUAAACUCCCACCUGGCUCAGCACGUGAGGAUCCACAAGGAAGAAAAACCCUAUGAGUGUAACAAAUGCGGAGAAGCCUUCAGGCAGAGGUCGGGGCUUUUUCAGCAUCAGAGAUAUCACCACAAAGACAGUAUGGCUUGACGGGGCGUCCUGUCUGCGGAGACCAUCACAGACAGGAUGUCGACAAGCAAACAGCACGUCAGGAAGAGUCACUGCGGCCAAUUCUAGCCUCACAGAACUCGGGGGGGUGGGGGGCCACACGGGAGGCUGUGCGCAUCCACUUGUGCUCAGCCUUGGCCCAUAGAGAUCUGACCCUAGAGGGUACCAUGGGAACAAGAGCAUUCUUUACUGCAGGACUUCUCUGAGCCUUUAACAUGGUAAAUGCUUGAUUGUGCAUCUCUAGGUAGUAGAGAGCCUCAUGAUUGAGUUAGGGCUUUGAAGUCAGCAGCAAGUCACAUAUCCACAGAUUUAUAGGCUUAAACGGAACAAGAGCAGGUUGAUAAUUUUACAUCUGGUGCAGUAACAAUGCCUGUAAAAUAAAGCUAAUGACAUUUGGAAAUAUACCACUCUUAAAGGUGUCUUAAAGUGCGGGUUUAAUGGUGGACAUUUUCCCCCAGUGGUUUUACUAAUCACCCCCUACUGGCAUCCCCCCCCCCCACCAUCUGCAGAAGCAUUUUAGAAAGCAAAGAUGAUCUAAUUUUACCAUUUCCCACCCCUAGUCUUGCUACAAUACUUCACUCAUUCAGGUUAGAAAUCCAGGUUAAACUGUGGGAGAGAUUUUAUAAGUCAUGUGAAUGAACAGUGCUGAGUGAAUCCAGGUAGUAACUGUCUUGAUACAAACUUCAGUGUCAGGAAAGUGGGUCCUCCAUAGACACUGUUUAGGAAAUGGGGAAAGAAAUUAGACUGUUUUCCUUUAAUACUGAUGAUGCAGUUAAAAAAAUUUUUUUUAAUGUUUGUUUUUGAGAGAGAGACAGCGCGUGAGCAGGGGAGGGGCAGAGAGAGAGGGAAACAGAGAAUGCAAAGCAGGCUCCAGGCUCUGAGCUGUCAGCAGAGAGCCCGACAUGGGGCUCAAACACACAAACCAUGAGAUCGUGACCUGAGCUGAAGUCUUGCGCUUAACCGACUGAGCCACCCAGGCGCCCUGAUAAUGCAGUUUUAAAAUGUUGCUUGUUCUGGAAUUCUUUGGAAGCAAACAAUAAAGUCAGCUGGGAGGAGAUCAUGAUCUUUGUACUGUGAAUACCAAAAUGUCACGGAAAUGAUAAGAACAGUAAGCUUCAGGGAGUCCACUCAUGAAGCAUCAUCACUGCUUGCUGAUCGGCAGUAGCUGCUUAGGGUGUAGUGUCUGGGAAAGACUUCUUAGUCUGCCACAGGAGCGAGGCCUUGUGUGUGGCUGAGGAUCUAUCUAGUUCAGCUGCAUAUAGAUUACGGGAAAAAAGUAGGAGUGAUUUCAUGAAAGCUUGUUUUUCUCUCAGAAUAAUCUGAAGAUAAGCAGUCCAAGACUGAUAAAGUGGUUCCAUGACACCGCUAGGGACCCUCCCUCUGCUUUUCUGUUCCAACAUGCUAGUGCACACCAUCAGCCCUUGAGGUGGUCACAUGGUCCUUGGUGGUGCUGAAGCUCUAGUCAUCACAUGCAAGAUGCAGACAGGUGGGACAACAGAUCCCUCGCAGUUAAGCCAGCCUUCUGCAAAAAGCGUCCUUUUAUUUAUUUUGAGACAGAGUGAAAGAAUCCCAAGCAGGCUCCGUGCUGUCAGCAUGGUGACUGAUGUGGAGCUUGAACUCAUCAACCAUGAGGUUACGACCUGAGCCGAAAUCAAGAGUUGGACGCUCAACCCACUGAGCCACCCAGGCGCCCCUCUGCUCGAUUUUUAAUAUAUCAUAAUUGUCCAUGUUGUAUCUUCAUAAAUUCUUAAUAAAUUAACUCAUGUUUACUUAUGAUAGAAAUUCACAUAAAUUGUAAAAACUGUGAAAAAUAUAAAGAAAGCAAAUCAUC